UGCGAGCAAAAAGCGAUUUUGUAAUGCGCCAUGUUUCAUUUAACUGGAAACUCAUUUGCUGUCGUGUAUACGUAUUGAUUUCAUUCUGAAUGCGCGCAGCUUGCGGCGCUCUCCGAAAAGGAAUUAAUCCGGAUAAAUUAAACAGCGUAAACAAUCGCUUCAUUGUGAAAACAGCAAAACAUUCCCUUACUAAGAUAUUACCAAUACAAUUUUUUCAAACUCGCAUAUUUGUACAAAUAUCAAUUAAUUAUAAAUAUAAUAUGAAUAUGUAAAUAGAAAAGUUUUGGUACGUUAUUAAUAUUUUGUUAUAUUAGAAAUAAGUAUUUCAAAUGUUCAAUGUUAAGUGUAUGUACUUAAAUACAGUAUACAUCAACGCUAAAGAAACGCAUAAAAGCUAAUAAUUCUCGGGAGACCUUGCUUCAGGUGAUAAUCAGUAUCUGAAUCAAGAAACUCAAUAGGUAGACACCAUAGACUACCGACUAGAGGGAGACACCUAAUGCGAUAGAAAAGGACAGAGCUAGAAGGCGUCUGUACAGCAUCGAGCAUAGUGCACUCCUCUUGCAAAAAUGACACGACAUUGAAUCCCCUCGUAGUCCUGCCACUGCGUGUCGUCGCGGGUGGAACGUCGAGCAAGUCCACCCGUAUUGUCAGUUGCUGCAAUGAGACUCCUCUCUUUCGAGAUUUGAAGAUUUUGAAAAUUCAACUCAUGGUUGUACAAUGCAAAAAUUUCGUAUCGCGAGUUUCAAGACACGAUUCGUAAAUAGUUCAUCGAGCGGAGGGGCGGGUAAUCAACGAGGAUCAAUGGCGGUCGAUAUUUUGGACGAGGACCACUUCGCGGUGAGCGCGAUCGUCACCGUCGGUAUGCAAAUUAUCUUCUUCACGAUCGCAGCGACCUUCCAACUGGACAAAUUGACGGACUUUGCCGGCGGCACAAACUUCAUCAUUCUUGCCCUUCUCACUUUCUUUCUCGGCCAAGUGGGCAAGCCUUAUGACAGCAGACAACUUAUGGUAACAGUAUUUGUUUGCCUAUGGGGCUUUCGUUUAUCUGCAUAUCUGCUGUACCGGAUUAUUAAGAUUGGACGUGAUAAGAGGUUCGAAGAUCGUCGCAGUAAUGUAAUUCGUUUUGCAGUAUUUUGGACAUUUCAGGCUGUAUGGGUGUACGUGGUGAGUUUACCAGUGAUCAUCAUCAAUUCACCACGACAUAAAAUUCCACCUGCUCCCAAGACUAUGACACCAUAUGACAGUGCUGGUACUGGACUAUUUGUGACUGGGUUGCUUGCUGAAACCUAUGCUGAUCUCCAGAAAUUCUCCUUCAAACAAGAUCCUGUAAAUAAUGGCAAAUGGUGCAACGAUGGACUGUGGCGAUUGUCUAGACACCCGAAUUACUUUGGAGAGAUCGUAGUCUGGUGGGGUAUCUUUGUGAUAUCAUUGAACGUAAUUGAAGGAGCCGAAUGGGUAGCUAUAGCAUCUCCGAUCUUCACGACGUUCAUCAUUCUAUUCUUGUCCGGAAUGCCUCUAUUGGAAAGAGCUUCCGACGAGAGAUACCGCGACAAUGCAGAGUAUCGCUACUACAAACAGUCCACAUCGCCCUUGAUACCGAUACCGCCGUCAAUCUACGUAGAGGUGCCACAUUUCCUCAAGUUUCUCUUCUGCUGCGAAUUCCCUUUGUACGAUUCAUUGGACGUGAAGCCACGAGCAGCUGUCACCGAGUCGACGUCCAUAAGUCUUGCUGCAUCCACGUAGCUAUAGCCACACGCCGGACGUCAAAGUUCUGAAUCCGGCGUGCAAUCAAGCGUCACGGCCACGGCCAGCACAGCCUUUUAACGAUGCUGUUAAGAUCCUUUACGUUUUACUAUUUGUGUCUCACUCGCUUGAGAGUAAAACUCGCAAAAUUUAGAGUUUAUUCAUGUCCAUGUAAACUUUCCAAUUUGAAACUAUAUACAUUUGUGUUAGUAAAACGUGAGAAAUGAUUACUAUCAUAUGGUACUUUCAAAGGAAGCUGAAAAUCAAACAUACUUGAAUAUAUUCUCUAUGAAUUUUUUGACGAUUUCUAAUUUAUAUAAGAAAGAGUUUAAAAUAUAUUUGAACGUAUACAACGUUGAAGAUCUUGAUUGUACUACCUCGAAUCAGAUGUUCUUGAUAUUGAAAUCAAGUUCAUCGCGAUAGUUAGAUUGAUAGAUACCAAAUUAAAUGUAUAAUAGUUAAUUCCAGAGUCGAAACUAUAUGUAUAUAUAUAUAGUUUACGCUGAAACUUCGUACAAAGCAGUUGAGUAAUUUCAUUUUGUAAAAUGCAGUAUACCUUAGUUGUAUUCCAAAAAUAAAUUGUAAUAUUUAUGUAGCCGUAUUGGUUGCACUACAACAGCAGUUUCAGGAUAAAAUUGAAAAUAUUUUUGGAUCAGUAGGGACCACACGCACAAUUAUAUUAAUUGCUUAUGUAUAGUUUUACAUGCGUAGAUGUAAACUUAACUUUGGAAAAGAGACUUACAAGCGAAAUAAGACUUGGAAGAAACAUUAAUGAAACACGAGAAGAAGGCAGUUGUUACUUAACAAUUUCUUCCCAACUCUUGCUUGCCAUCAAGUUAUAAAUCCGUUAAAACUCGUACUAAAUCAAAUCUUGUUCCAAAGAAAUAUUUAAAUAAAAAUUUUGACGUAAGUUAACGUUUAAUCUGAAUGUAAUUUAUUGUAAAAAAUAAGAGCCUGUUUGAAUGACAUUGAAUGACUGUGCAUAAUUUAAUUGUAGCACUUAAUUAUAGCAAUAUAAAACAUAUCCUAAUGCCGAGUAGAAGACUAUUAAAGAACAAAGGCAUGAAUAAAAGAAAAAAUUAAUUAUCGUAAGCUGUGUUCUUUUGAAAUAUCAAUCACUUUCAGAUCUAAUAUUUCUAAAUUCUUCUUAUAAAUAAGAAAAGGAUUAUAUCGAACACUUUAAAUGACUAAUUUGUCAAAUAAUUAAACACGACGCGCUUUAAAAAGAAUGCAGCUAUAGAUGAAAAUUGUCCGCCAAAUUAUAAAUAAAAUGUUACAUUGUAAACGAUCCUCUGAGAUCGUUUCAAUCGUUUGUUGUUAUGUAAAUCUUCAGAAUUUUAGAUAAUAAAGAAAAGUUGAUUCAAUCGUAUUUUUA